AUGGGUCCACAUUCUUGGUAUUUGGGAUCGGUCGGGGAUUUCCUCUGGUUGGGUUCCUAUAUCAAUGGCAUGAUGAUUGGCUUCGUGUGUAUAUAUAUUCGCGGCAAUUCCUCGUUGCUCCAGACAGCUAUCGACCUGGUGGCGCAGGGCCUGGUACCGACUAAGAUUCUCGACCUAAUUUGCAGCUUCACGGACCUGGAAAUCAAUACAGAGGUUAAUAAAAACCCUCGGGAGCCGGAAACGCCAAUAUAUCCCAGAAAGUAUCCCGAGGACGCGCCCUGUGAUGUAGAUGAGGGCAAGCUUCGAUCAGCAUUCUAUAUACCAUCUGGUUUCUCCUAUGGUGCGAACGGCAAACAACCCGUCCUAUUGGUGUCUGGAACCGCCUAUCCGAUGUGGGUCAACCUCCUGGGGAUUUCCCUAGAAGACUUUCAGACAAACGCUGAGUAUAUUGCUUAUGCUAUCAACUACAUCUCAGGAGUGUCCAACAAAUCCCCGAUAGGAUACUGGCUGUCCACACGCGGUGUAGUGAGCGACUUCAUACCCAUCAGCUCCGACUUCCACGGCACACUGUUGGAGGGAAAUUGCAUUGAUCCCAGUCAGAUGUGCACGCCCGCCAUAAAGCAACAGGGGUAUGAGUCAAAUUUCGUACACGCACUGCGCGCCAACAAUGGUGACUCGGCGUAUGUGGCUACCACGAGCAUGUACUCCGGUGUCGAUCUGAUUGUCCAGCCACAGACGGACCCCGAUGCCUCUGCUGCGUUAUACGAUGUGAGAAAGGUGGGCGUGACGAAUGUGAAAGCUCGAAUAUUUUGUCCCGGGAAGCUGGCAGGGAGCUUUUAUUUCCAUAAAACCAUGUUGGCUAGUCCUGUCUCUUGCGCGCUCGUUGUCGAUGCUCUAAAGCAUGACGGACCUGGAAGUUUGAAACAUCUACCGGGCUCAGAGACGAUGGCUAUAUUAUAUUCUAUGAUUAAUGUGAUGACAUAUAAGCGAAUUGGGUAUGCAGAGCCGCCAUUGAAAGAAUAUGUCCGACGGCCUGGAUGGUAA